AUGCGGAUCCCGCGGCGGAAGGCCGGGGUGCCGCUCGGCGUGCCCAGCCGGCGGGCGCAGAUCGCCGCGGUCUUCGCGCUCGCCGUGCUGCUCGGCGUCUCCGUCCUCUACGACAGCGCCCACAUCGCCGCCUCGCUGCGCCGCCACAGCGGCUACAACAGGCUCUCCCCCACCAGGGAGGCGCCGGCGGGGGCUGGCCCGCGCGCUACACCGGCGCAGGCAGUGGAAUCAGCGGGGGCGGCCACGGAUCGGACCGACCCGCCCCCGCGGCUCGGGGCGGAGGGGGUGUCUAAGUCUAACCCCGGGACGGCAGCCGAUGGGUCCUCGCCGGAGACGGGGGUCCUGAAGGAAGUGGUGGCGGAAGGGGGCGAGGCUACCUGCGACAUGUACAAGGGGAGGUGGGUGCACGACGAGGAGAACGCGCCCAUGUACAAGGAGUCCGACUGCGAGUUCCUGACAGAGCAGGUCACCUGCAUGCGCAACGGCCGCCGCAGCGACGAGUACCAGAAGUGGCGGUGGCAGCCUGAUGCCUGCGACCUCCCAAGGUUCGAUGCUAAGUUGCUUCUUGAGAAGCUAAGGAACAAAAGGAUGAUGUUUGUGGGGGAUUCACUGAACAGGAACCAGUGGGAGUCCAUGGUGUGCCUGGUCCAGUCUGUGGCUCCAUGGGAUAAGAAAAAGCUUGUCAAGAAUGGAUCUCUAAAUGUGUUCCGCCUUCAUGAGUACAAUGCAACGAUUGAGUUCUAUUGGGCUCCUUUCCUAGUUGAGUCGAACUCAGAUGAUCCAGACAUUCAUAGCAUCACUGACCGAAUGAUCACGCCAACAUCGAUCGCCAAGCAUGCAGCAAAUUGGAUAGGGGUGGACUAUUUGAUCUUCAACACUUACAUUUGGUGGAUGAACACCCCGAAGAUGAAAAUUGUGCCUGACGGAUCCUUCACAAGGAAACCGGUUAAGUAUGAUGAAUUGGAUCGUGUGGUUGCAUACCGACAGAUCCUCGAGACAUGGUCUGGAUGGGUAGAAGAGAAUGUAGAUCCCAAAAGGACAAUGGUCUUAUUCAUGAGUGUUUCACCAGUACAUAUGCAGAGUGAAGGCUGGGGCAGUCCUGACAACAUAAAAUGCUUCUCUGAGACACAACCAGUGCUGAAUUACACAAAAACACUGGAUGUCGGCACUGACUGGGAUCUUUUCACGGAAUCUCAUGAAGUGACGAAGGCGAUGAAGAAGGUACCCGUGCACUUCAUCAACAUAACCGCAUUGUCAGAGAUCCGCAAGGACGCACACACAUCUGUGCACACGCUGCGACAGGGUAAGCUCCUGACAAAGGAGCAGCAGGCUAACCCACGCAAGUUCGCCGACUGCAUCCACUGGUGCCUCCCUGGCUUGCCGGACACAUGGAACGAGUUCAUUUACGGCCACAUUGUGUCGAGCCCUCUACAGCGGCAGAUUGAGAAUCAAUCUGCAAGAUGA